AUGUCAUCCCCCUCCGUUAAGCAACAUCCACCUGGAUACCUGGAUGAGUUCUGUGGGGUUCAGCUGAUCGCAGUAGCUGUGACCUUGAUUAUCCUGGAAGUCAUCUUUGCAACUGUACGCUUCGCUGUGCAAAUGAGACAGGGAAGAAAAUGGGGGGUUGAUGACUGGCUUAUGUUGCCAGCUCUUCUGGCCAAUAUCUGUCUAUGUAUCUCUGGCAUACUUAUGGUCCAUCUCGCUGGGGUGGGAUAUCAUAUCGAAAAGGUCAACGAAACACCCUCAAAACUUGGAAGCUUCUUGAAAGGACACUUCGCUGGUAUUUGGAUCUGGGGGCUGGCUACAGCUCUACCCAAGCUGGCCAUGUUGGCUUUCUACCUCCGCUUCUUCAAGUCUCGAUCCGAGCGAAUCACUACCUACAUCAUUAUGCUCAUCAUCGUGCUGCACUAUCUUAUUAUCGGUUUUGCCAACACGUUCGGGUGUACACCUAUGAGUUAUCGAUUUGAUCCAGUCUUGGCGAGCAAGGUUCAGUGCUUCAACAUGCGAGCCUUCUAUCGCUGGAUGUCCUUUCCGAACAUCGUCACGGACGUGAUGAUGCUGGCCUUACCUCUUCCUAUGGUGUAUCGACUCAACACUACCCGAAGUCAAAAGAUCGGACUUGGCAUCAUAUUCGCAACUGGUGGAAUAGGCCUUAUCACAUCCUGCUGCAGAUUCGGAAUCUUCUUUGGCAUUGACGGGCACGAUGACGAUACGUGGACUUCGGUUCCCUACAACAUCUGGACAGAAGUCGAGCCCGGGGUGUACUUUCUUGCGGCGUGUAUGCCUGCCUUCCCGCCACUGAUCCACUCUCUCCGAAGUCGGUUCGCGAAACCAAGCAGAAGUGGGGCAAAGAACUAUCCUGGCCACAAUAAUGAUAUCGCCCUCCACACUAUCGGAGGAAGCAAUCGAUUCCAUGAUUCUGUUCCUCUCACUCCGUCCAACACACGUCGAGCUUUCUCUCCGAUGCUCGAGGAUGAAGAGCUAGCCUUGGACACCGUCGUGACAAACUAUGAUACUGGAGCGUUCCUAAGUAGCGUCGCUAGUGGUGGUGUGGAGCUUGCUGGAAGUGAGUUUUCACGGACUUCUGGAUCGCUGCGCCCUCCCAAGAAGAUUCGCAUCACGAAAACGAUAACUGUUCAACACGGAUUGCUGGGCUCCAUGGACAGGUUCUGA